AUGAUUUUUGCAAGUAUACGACGAAUUUUCCAAUCAUUUCGAACUGAAGAAGAAGAGCGAUUGUAUUCUCGAGCAGCAUUCUUCAACUUGCUAGGGUUUCUUGGUUCUUGUGUAUUGUUUUCCUUUGUCGCCCAGCGAUUGUCACGUCACCCACGAGAAUUAGCUCACAUUGCCAGAGCAGAUGCAUUAAUUAGAGCAAUUAGGUCAUAA